AUGUUGCUCCAAGGUGUCAUCACUACUCUGGCGCUAUCCAGCGUGGUUCUCGCCCAGACCUUGAACAUCCCUACACCUGUCGGAUCUAUCGUGUCUCUUUCUUCUCCGAGUGUCAUCUCAGGCUCAAAGGACAUGGGAAACAGGGAAUACGAUCGUGGGCGCCCUUGUGACACAGAUGCCGACACUGGAAGUGACAGUGCUGUGUUUAUCUUAGAGAAUGGCGCGACGCUGAGCAACGUCAUCAUUGGGAAAAACCAACUCGAGGGCAUUCACUGCAGGGGAGCUUGCACUCUGAGGAAUGUCUGGUUUAGGGACGUCUGUGAAGAUGCAAUCUCCGCUCUGGGCACCGGUAACGUCCUCAUUGAGGGCGGUGGCGCACAGGAAGCCAAGGACAAGGUCGUCCAACAUAACGGCCGUGGUACUGUUACAAUCAAGGAUUUCACUGUCGUUAAUGCUGGCAAACUCUACCGGGGUUGCGGUGAUUGCACAAACAAUGGCGGCCCACGCAACGUUGUUGUCCAAAAUGUCAAGGCUAGAGGGGUUUCUGAGCUCGUUGGCAUAAACUCCAACUACGGGGACACUGCUAACGUCUCCGGAUCCUGUGGCUCGAGUGUGAAGAAAGUCUGCCAGGAGUACAAGGGUGUUGAGAAGGGCAAUGGGGAGAGUCAAAAGGUCAGCACCACCGCUAACUGCAAAGGACAGCAGAGCUUUUCUAGCUGCUGA